AUGCUCUUUCAGUACGAGAAAGAGAUCAGGGAGAACCCCUGGCGAAGAUACCUUUUUUUGCCCAUCUUUGUAAAUGGGAACCAUUGGGUCCUGGUGCACGUUGACUUUCAGAGACAUUGUAUCGAAUAUGGGGAUUCAAUAAUGAACCCGCAGUCACUCAAGAAAGCCAUCCAGAUCUUACAGUCAUGGCUCCAAUAUGCCUUCAAGACUUUAUUUCAUGAUGCUAGGAAUUUUUUAGCUCAUGGCAUCCAGGAAGAUACUCAUUCCUGUGGUAUCUGCACUAUAAACUGCAUUAAGCAUAACGUGUUUGGCGUGGAGCUGUAUACUCACACUGCUCAUCGCAUUUGGCGCCUCCGGUAUUUUAAUUGCCUGGCAAAGGCUCAUAAUGAUUAUUCGAAUGUGUGGCCAACAAAAGGCUAUUUUCUGCAUGAUCCUGCGGACUUGUUAGAUAACGACGAGACACAACCAAAUGUGGACUCAUAG